CACGGCCAGCGCAUCGCCAUCCGGAACUUGUCCGGAACACUGGCACACAGAUGUGUCAAAGGAGUCGACAUCUCUUGAUCCUCCCCAUCGAUGCGAAGUACACACGAGCUAUGUACGCUUUGUUAGCAUGCGCUCAGCGCACUCAGAUAGGCUCCCAGGGGCAGUACCGUCGUGCUUCGGAUACAACUGAACAAUCAGUGCGGUCCCAGCUGAGCUACUAGACUUCCACGACGCGGGUCGUGCCAAUUAUACUCCACUCGUCGCGUUGCAAUUGGAGAUGUCUACUAGCGUCAACCUGCUUUCGGGUCCUGAGCUCGUCGGUUCGUUAUUAAACUACGGAUUGCAAGGCGUCCUCAUCGCCCAAGUUUAUAUAUACCAUGUCUGCUUCCCAAACGAUCCACUCUCCUUGAAAGCCUUCGUCUAUGGCGUCUGCAUCUUUGAACUCGUGCAGACUGCUUUAUGUUCCGUCGACAGCUUUCACGUAUACGUUUGGGGCUAUGGCGACCAAGUUGACAAUCUGCUCAGCUUCUACAAUGGCUGGUUUACGAUUUGCGUCAUGGCUGGCCUCGUGUCAGCUGCGGUGCAAUCGUUCUUUGCGUGGAGAAUCUUGAUGAUGUCGCGUUACCGCUGGCUGUGCGCUUUCAUUGUCACGAUCUCCCUCACCCAAAUGUCUGCAGCCAUAGUAAGCGGCGUGAAGAUGAAAGCAUUGACCACGGAUGAAGACGAGGCAGUCAUCAUUCCAUAUAUUGACACGUGGCUUGCGGGGAGCGCACUCACAGAUAGUGUUAUUGCUAUCUCGAUGACCCUCUUGCUUACCAGGGCCAAGACUGGGAUUCGAAGAUCGGACGCGAUUAUUGACCGACUCAUCGCGCUCGGUAUCGAGACAGGCACUUUCACGGCGGUGGUUGCCAUCCUCGAUCUCCUAUUCUUCACUAUAAAGCCCAGAACAUAUCUUCACAGUACCCCCGUUCUGGUACUAUCUAAGCUAUAUUCUAACACCUUGCUCAUCAAUUUCAACAAUCGAGCACGGACGGCGAGUCUCGUGGACGGCAAUGUGAUGUCGAUGCAGGGCAUCCAGAGGAGCGACAACACUGCCAGUACGCUUGCCGGGGCCUCACAUGGUACGGACUUCGGGAUCAAACGUAAAUUCGAACGAGUUCUGGCCAUGCAACCGUCGACUUCGAGGACCGAGUCCGUGAAGCCUACGGAGAGUGUCAUCUGUUUUGCGCCUUCCCCAGAGACACUCGGUGGCGACAAAGUGGCUCGGAUCGCCACAACAGACUCGGAGUGAGCGACGCCGACUCGUAAUCAACCAG